AGAUCAUUAAGAGCAUCAGCCUCCACUACAUUCCAACUCCUCGUUCGCUAGCGUUGGCGAUCCCUGGGCCACAGGCUUUGCUUGUGGUUGCAAAUUGCAAUUCUCUCUCGGUCCCCUUAUAACCCUGCUUUCCUGCUCCUCUGAGUCUCUGACCCUCUCUCUCCGGAAAGUUCUUCCCUCGUAACACAGCUUUGAGCUGUGGUAAAGGAAAUGCCCGUUAAAAUCAUUUAAUUUCAUAUCUUGAUCCGUCCAUGGCACUUUCUGCAAGCAAGGUUUCAAGCUGUCCAAUUGUACCUAAGGGGACAACCAAGUCAAGAUCAUAUGGAGUUUCUUUUUCAUUUGCGCAAUCACCACACUAUAAUGAAUUACAUUCUACAAUUGAAGCAGUUGAGCGAAGGCAAAUCAGCAAUGGACAUAUUUUGUCAGAAAGGUUGAGCUAUUUCAAUAAAAGGUUGUGGCACAAACGUAGAAACAUUACCUUGCGACAGUUCUCUAUUUCAUGCCAGUCAACGGGGACACAUAAAACUACCAAAUCAAAAGAAAGUAUUAGACCCUAUGGCAAGUCUUCAGAUGUAUCUAGUGUCGCAGUUGGAACGGACGAUGAACAUCCAAUUGUUCCUGGGAGAAUAAUCUCUUCUGGACAAGGUUUAGCUGAAGCUUGUAAAUAUGCUUGCAAUGAUGCAAAGUUUGUGAAUGAGAGGGCACGUAAUGAUAUUGUCUUACUUUCUCGUGGCAUAAUGAGUUUGGAUGCACGUGCACGUAAAGAUGUUGCUAUUAUUGGCUCUGGUUUUCUUAAGCUUGAUGCUCGAGCGAGAGAGGAUACUGAGAAGAUUGACCGGGACGUUAAGAGAAAAGCUGAAUUCCUUAAUCACAUUGCUACUGUAUUGAAAGCCAAAGCCCAGUUCAGAUUGAAAACUGCAGCUGAUAAGCAUUGGAGUGAUGGAGCCUUAGAGGCUGAUUUGCGCCGUGCUGACUUUCGUGCUAAACAGCGUGCAAUGGAAGAUGCUUUAAUGGCUCUGGAGUUUGUGAAAAACAUUCAUGAUAUGAUGGUGAGCAGGAUGUACAAAUUAACUCUUUGCAGGGAAGAAGGUUCUCUAUCAGCUAAUGAUGUAAUGGGACGUAUUACACUUGAAAAAAAUGGUAAAACCCUAAAUUCCUUUCCAGGAGAAUUGUCCAGCAGCCGAAUUACUGUUAUUCAGGAAGCUUACUGGAGAAUGGCGUCUGCACUUUCUGAGGCUGAUGGAAUUGACUAUACCGAUCCUGAAGAGCUCGAGUUAUUAAUUGCAACUCUUAUAGAUCUCGAUGCAAUGGAUGGUAAAAGUAGUGCAUCGUUAUUGGCAGAGUGUUCCAGCUCUCCUGAUGUGAAUACUAGACAAGCAUUAGCCAAUGCAUUGGCAGCAGCCCCAUCCAUGUGGACUCUUGGGAAUGCUGGCAUGGGAGCACUAAAGAGGUUAGCGGAAGAUAGCAACCCAGCAAUUGCUGCAGCAGCAUCAAAAACCAUCUACGAGCUGAGAAAACAGUGGGAAAUAGAUGAAGGAGACAGCUGGACGUUUAUGAUGAAUCGAAAACCCAUGGCAGAUGUAGAUGGUACAGAGAAUGACGACCCAGAUACAAUAUGACCCAUGUUAAUUAAUCUACACCUAGAUAUCUAUAUGAUGGUCUAAUUAGUUGUCAGAUAGGAGCGACGGAUCACAAGUAGUGAUCACUGCUGAUGUAAAUAAUAUGCUUGUUUGUCUUAUUAACAGUUACUCUAAUUCUUAUUGUUUUCAAGCAUUCCUUGUAGAAGAUUCAAAUCUAAUUGCCUGAUUUAGAUGGA